AUGGACACUAUUGGAAUCGGGGUUCGGGUCUGGCGGUACUUGAAGGGCAAAGAUGUGGUGACUCAGGAGAGCCUGAUGGACGGCGGCAACAAGGUGGUGAUCGGCGGCUUUGGAGACCCCCUCAUCUGUGACAACCAGGUGUCCACGGGGGACACAAGGAUCUUCUUUGUGAACCCUGCGCCCCGGUACCUGUGGCCAGCCCACAAGAACGAGCUGAUGCUCAACUCCAGCCUCAUGCGCAUCACCCUGCGGAACCUGGAGGAGGUGGAGCACUGUGUGGAAGACAAACCUGGGACCCACUUCACACCAGUGCCCCUGACACCUCCAGACGGUGAGUGCAGGCAUCCGCUCUACUCAGAUUCGGGCACCUCUGAGAUGACAGAUCAGCCCCCGUCCCCAUGUAUCGGGGUGCAGUGCCUGUUCGGGGCAGUGUGUGCCGUGAAGAACGGGGAAGCCGAGUGUGUGUGCCAGCACGCGUGUCCGAGGGUCUACAGCCCAGUGUGCGGCAGCGACGGGGUCACCUACGGCAGCGCCUGCGAGCUGGAGUCCGCGGCCUGCGUCCUCGGGCGAGAGAUCCUGGUGGCUCACAGAGGACCCUGCGGUCAGUGUGGGUCCCCUGUGUCUGUGCCAGACUCCUUGGUGCCCAGGACCUGUGCUGAAAUGCACUGUGAGUUUGGGGCCUCCUGCGUGGAGGAGGCUGGCUCCGCCCACUGUGUGUGCCCAACACCCACCUGUCCGGAGGCCAAUGCUACCAAGGUGUGUGGGUCGGACGGAGUCACCUACGGUAACGAGUGCCAGCUGAGGACCAUCGCCUGCCGUCAGGGCCUGGACAUCUGGGCGUCUGGCAGCGCCGACGGGAGCGGUGACGAGGAGCUGAGCGGGGACCUAGAGGCCAGUGGGGCCGGCUGGGGGGGACCUGAGCCCCCCGAGGGUGGCAGCGAGGUGACCCCUGGGCCACCCAUCGAGAGGGCUUCCUGCUACAACUCCCCUUUGGGCUGCUGCUCGGAUGGCAAGACGCCCUCGCUGGACGCGGAGGGUUCCAACUGUCCCGCCACCAGGGCGUUCCAGGGUGUGCUGGAGCUCGAGGGGGUCGAGGGGCAGGAGCUGUUCUACACGCCCGAGAUGGCUUUGGGGGAGGGGGCAGGACCCCUGGAGCCUCCCUCCCCCCCACAGCUGGACGACCUAUUCCGGAACUCAGAUGUCAAGAAGGACUUCUGGAGCGUCCGCCUGCGGGACCUUGGGCCUGGCGACUCUGUCCGGGCCAUUGUGGACGUGCACUUUGACCCCAGAGCCUUCACCUGCAGCUGCCCAGCCGGCAGGGGGGGCGCUGUCUGUGAGAAUGCUCUGCACCCCUCAGUGCCGUCCUUCGGGGGCCGCUCCUUCCUGCUGUCGCGGCACUGGCGCCAGGGAACGCUCUCGGUGGACGGCGAGCCCCCCGUCCUGGGCCAGAGCCCCAGUGGCACUGAUGGACUCAACCUGGACACAGACCUCUUCGUGGGGGGCGUCCCUGAGGACCAGGCUGCGGUGGUGCUGGAGCGGACGUCGGUCAGCGUCGGCCUCAGGGGCUGCAUCCGCCUGCUGGACGUGAACAACCAGCGCCUGCACCUGGGUGGCUGCAGCCGGGCUCAGCCUCCUGGGACCCCCCGUCUCCGUCCAGGCCCCAUCUGUGCUGAGGAGAAGGACCCCUGUGACCCCAACCCCUGCCACGGGGCGGCCCCCUGCCGUGUGCUGCCCGGGGGCGAGGCCGCCUGCGAGUGCCCCCUGGGACGAGGGGGUGCUCUCUGCCAAACAGAACGGAGCGGCCCCGGGCCCUUCCUGGCUGACUUCCGCGGGGCCUCCUACCUGGAGAUGAAAGGCCUGCACACCUUCGAGCGGGACCUCGGGGAGAAGAUGGCAUCUGAGUGUGUGACCCUGGCCCAGCCCGUGUGUGGCUCUGACGGGAACACGUACGCCAGCGAGUGUGAGCUGCAUGUCCACGCCUGCACACGCCAGAUCAGCCUGCGUGUGGCCUCAGACAUGCAUUCUGCCCUUUACUCUUUUCCUUCUCUCUGCCUGGAACGGACGGUGGCCCGGGAUCAGCGGCCAGGCCAGUCCCAGACGCACCCUCCGCGCGCCAUGGCCCGGCUGCUCCGGGCAUCCUGCCUUUUCUCCCUGCUCCUGGCCGGCCUCGUGCCGAGCCUGGGGCAGGAGAAGUCGAAGGGAGCAUCCUCCGGCCUCGAUGGCGCCCUCCAGCUGGUCGCCCUGAAAGGCCACCAGCUGCUGACCUGGGAGCACGUGGUGCGGGCGGUGGACGUCUCCUCCUUCGCAGACCACCCCUGCACCCAGGCCUCGGGCCACCCCUGCCUCAACGGGGCCUCCUGCCUCCCCCAGGAGGCCUCCUACACCUGCCUGUGCCCCGGGGGCUUCUCGGGGCUCCACUGCGAGAAGGGGCUGAUGGAGAAGUCGGCAGGGGACCUGGACGCACUGGCCUUCGAUGGACGGACCUACAUCGAGUACCUCAACGCUGUGACGGAGAGCGAACUGACCAAUGAGAUCCCAGCGAUGUGUGCUGAGGGCGGUCACCCUCCACCCCUCAGCGGCUGCUCUCACUACAUGAGCAUCUCCCCGGAGGGGCCCGUGUGUGGCACCGAUGGCACUGACUAUCGGGGAGAAUGCCAGCUGCUGCGCCAGGCCUGUGCCCGCCAGGAGAACAUCUCCAAGAAGUUCGAUGGCCCCUGUGCGCCCGUGUGCGGGGACGAUGGCGUCACCUACAGCAACGAGUGUGUCAUGGGCCGCACCGGGGCCGCCCGGGGCAUCCUCCUCCAGAAAGUGCGCUCCGGACAGUGCCAUCCUCGAGACCAGUGCCCAGACCCCUGCAGGUUCAGUGCCGUGUGCCUGUCCCGCCGAGGCCGUCCCCGCUGCUCCUGUGACCGGAUCGUCUGUGACGGGGCCUACAGACCCGUGUGUGCGAAAGAUGGGCACACGUAUGACAACGACUGCUGGCGCCAGCAGGCCGAAUGCCAGCAGCAGCGUGCCAUCGCCCCCAGGCACCAGGGCCCGUGUGCCGAGUGCGGCUCCGGAGGCUCAGGCUCCGGCGAGGACGGCGAGUGUGAGCAGGAACUGUGCCUGCAGUACGGCGGCGUCUGGGACGAGGACUCGGAGGACGGGCCUUGCGUCUGCGGCUUCAGCUGUCAGGGCGCCCUGAGGAGCCCGGUCUGCGGCUCCGAUGGCGUCACCUACAGCACGGAGUGUGAGCUGAAGAAGGCCCGGUGCGAGUCCCAGCGAGAGCUGUACGUCGUGGCUCAAGGAGCUUGCCGAGGAUGUGAUGGGGCUCAGGACCUGGAGGCGGCAGGGUGGGCCUCGGGUCACCUGAUGGCUCCCCCCCCCCACCCCAGGGAACAGAGGGAAGGCUCUCUGCAGGUGGGCAACGAGGCCCCCGUGACCGGCUCCGCCCCACUGGGCGCCACGCAGCUGGACACAGACGGAGCCCUGUGGCUGGGAGGCCUGGAAGCCCCGUGAGCCCGCCGGAGCCGCCCCGCACCCUGCUGUAAUUAUUUUAUAUUUUUGUAAACUUGUUGCUUUUUUUAUAUGA